AUGGAGGCGCUCCAGGCCUCUUUGGCUGAGCACAAAGAUCAGAUUCACCUGGUUAUACGACUAGUUUUAGCAGCAGGCUUCGUUGCCAUGGUGAUAGCGGCAUGUGUUCUGAACUUCCACCGGGCUGUGGGGCUGCUGGUCAUCUCCUUGGUAACCAUGUUCUUCCUGGUCUGGGAUUGGAUGAUGGAACGCUAUAGCGACUGGGUGUGGGAGGUUCUCGCUCCUAUCAGAGUUGCUCUCACAAGAAACUGGUUUUGGAUCAGAUGGAUAAUAUAUAUGUUGCUGCUGGUGGCUGUGGCGUGUUGGCUCGCACUGGACACGGCCCAGCGGGGGACCAGACAGCUCGUGUCUUUCUUUGGUUUGCUGCUGUUCAUCUUCUUAAUGCUGCUGUUCUCCAAACACCCAUUCAGGUGGUCUUGGCGAACUUUGCUUUGUGGAACUGGGCUACAGUUUAUCUUUGGUCUGCUGAUUCUCAGAACCACAUCUGGAUUAAGUGCACUGAAAUGGCUUGGAAAUCAAGCAGAGAUGUUUAUGUCGUUCGCAGAUGUUGGAUCUAAAUUUGUUUUCGGUGACAGUUACACGGACCACCUGUUCGUCUUUAGGGUGAUGCCUAUAUUGGUUUUUUUGAGCUCGGUCAUCUCCAUUCUGUACUACGUUGGCUUCAUGCCCUGGCUCAUUUGCAAGAUUGGAUUCAUAAUGCAGGUUACCAUGGGAACAUCUGCGACAGAGUCAAUGGCAGCAGCUGGAAAUAUAUUCCUGGGAAAUACUGACUCACCUCUACUGAUUCGUCCGUACAUCAGUGAACUAACAGUGUCUGAGAUCCACGCUGUGAUGACUGGGGGGUUUGCCAGCAUCUCUGGUACCAUUUUAGGAGCCUUUAUCUCCUUUGGGGUUGAGGCAUCACACUUGUUGACAGCAUCAUUAAUGUCUGCUCCAGCCUCUCUGGCCAUCGCCAAGAUGUUCUGGCCUGAAAAGGAAGCAUCCAUCAAAACUUCCCAUCAUGACCUCAAAAUGGACAAAGGAGGGAGUCAGAAUAUGUUGGAAGCAGCAUCUCAGGGUGCAUCUCGUGCUGUAGGUCUGGUGGCCAACAUCAUUGUCAACCUCAUUGCCUUUCUUGCUCUGCUGGCGUUUUUCGACGCAGUCCUCUCCUGGCUGGGUGGGAUGUUUGACUGUCCACAGCUCAGCUUCUCGCUCAUCUGCUCCUAUGUGUUCAUGCCACUCUCCUUCAUGAUGGGAGUUUCCUGGGAGGACAGUUUCAUUGUUGCUGAGCUGAUUGGCAUUAAGACCUUACUCAAUGAAUUUGUGGCCUAUCAGAAGUUGUCAGAGUUAAUAAAGAGGAGGAAGGCGGGAGGGCCAGAAUAUGUGAACCAUGUAAAGCAGUAUAUUUCUGUCCACUCUGAAACCAUUGCAACCUACGCUUUGUGUGGAUUUUCCAACUUUGCUGCUUUGGGGAUGUCAAUAGGAGGACUGUCUGCCAUGGCUCCAGACAGACGAUCUGACAUCUCCAGCUGUGGCCUGAGAGCUCUGAUUGCAGGCAGCAUCUCCUGUUUCAUGACAGCUUGUAUUGCAGGUAUGUUGUACAUCCCUGAUCCUCAGUGUCAACAUUUCCUGAUCACAGAGUUCAGUAACACCAAUGUGACCAUCAGCCCACCACUGCUCACCUGCUGCACGCAGCUUUAUAACAGUGUGACAGUGUAUGAGCCAUGGAACGUGACGGCCGGGGAGGGAUUCAGUCAGAGUAGUCUGCAAGGCUGCUGCACACUCACACCGCCUAAACAUUUCAACUGCAGCUGGGUGCUGUGAGUCAACGGGAACAAAAACACACACCUCAAUGCCAGAAACACGUGUUGAUUUGUAAAAUUAAUGUGCAUUGUUAAUUGCUUUUUAAAUGAAGCUCUCCUUCACUGGUUCUGUACAAAAAGAAAAUUGUGCCACACACAGAAAGUAUGUUUUUGCAUGUGUGUCAAUUAUUAUUUACAUUUACAGCAGCAUAUAAAGUAAAUACAAUUAACUGUAACUGUAUGUUAUGUUAUUAACUGUAAUGUAUAAUCCAAUUAUAAAAAAAAUAUAUUCUUCUCAAGAAAAUAUCCUUAUACAUAAUGAGUACUUUAAACUUUGAUACUAUAUGUAUAUCUUGACAUAUUUGUACUUAAAUGGUCAUAUUUUUAAUGUCUGACCUUUGCUUUUGAGUAUUUCCACAUUGUGGUGUUGCCGCUUUUAUUUCUUUUACCACUGCUUUUUUAAAAUGUAGGCCUUUAUUUACCAGUAGGAUUACCUGAAAGUGAACAUAUCUUUCUAUUUCUGUUUCUUUUGAACAUACACUAUGUUGUAUGAAUGUAUUUGUCUGUUUCCUAUCUGCCUGUUGCUGUCAAUGGGAUGUGAUAUAUGGCUAAAGUCUUAAGAUCACAUGGUGCAGAAGCUGUGUUAGAAUCAUUUCCAAGAUUAAAAGAAAGGAAGCCUGCAAACUAUCUGUAACGACAUACUUUAUAGGUACGACAACAUAUACAGUAUCCCUGUUGUUAUUCCUGCCUUGCCUAUGUAGGACAGAAUAUUACAGUAUAUUGCUCGGCCACUAGGUGUCACUGAUGUGUUUUGCUUCUCAUCCAGCGAUAGAAAUGUUGGGUUCAUCAGGCCUCUUAGACCAGUCAGGCACCCUGGUCUGACUGUCAGCCUGAUUGUUCGAGAAUUGGUUCAUUAAUGCUGGCUGAAUGAUAGGCGGCCCACCGAACAAAGCGGAGGGUAUCAGGACUGUGCACUUUCAACAUCUGCAUGUGUGAGAUGAGCGUGCAGUCACACAGACAGCAAAUGACAGUCUCUUCAUUAAAUCCAGCACAAGCAAAAGGUCAGAUGGCUGCCUUCUCUGUGGGCAGGAGGUGUGUUCACAUGUGUGAAUUUCACACACCCACAGAGAGGGAACACAUUAAAUUCAGCCAUCAGACACUAACACAUAGGGCAUCUUUAGGCUCCAUGUUACCAUGUGUCCCCUAUGUAAAGAAAAAAAAACUAAGCUGGCUCAUGUUCACGCUUGUGUUUGUCAGCACUGUCAAGAAUGAACAGUGUCCUUAUGACGUGGAGUUGUUUGAUCAGAAGGGAAAAACAAAGCUCAGGUCUGUUAAUUUUGCUCAAGGACAAGAAACAAAAACUGAAAAACGCAGAACAAAGUGCAGGACAUGACUUUUUUUUUUUGGUAUGUGUGUCUCAUGAUCUAAAAUGUUGCCCAGUGUAUAU